UCUCUUAUUUCACAUCACAACAUAUAAGCAAUGGAAAGUAGUGGAGGUUUUCAUGGCUACCGCAAGCUCCCCAACACUACUACCUCUGGAGGAACAUUGAAGCUAUCAAUGUCUGAGAUGAACACAAGGCAACAAGUAGGAGAACAGAACAACCACACAACAACAGAACAAGACAACGAAUGCACUGUAAGGGAACAAGACCGUUUCAUGCCAAUUGCAAACGUGAUUCGCAUAAUGCGCAAGAUUCUUCCACCACACGCAAAGAUCUCAGACGAUGCAAAAGAAACAAUUCAAGAAUGUGUAUCCGAAUACAUCAGCUUCAUAACUGGUGAAGCCAAUGAACGUUGUCAGAGAGAGCAACGUAAGACAAUAACUGCAGAGGAUGUGCUUUGGGCUAUGAGUAAACUUGGUUUUGAUGAUUACAUUGAACCUCUUACAAUGUACCUUCAUCGCUAUCGUGAGCUGGAAGGUGAUCGAACCACUAUGAGAGUUGAAACUUUGGGAAAAAGGACUAGUGCUAUGGAAUAUGGAAGUUUAGGGGGUUUUGUUCCACAAUUUCAUAUUGGUCAUCCAAAUGGAGGGUAUUAUGGUAAUCCUGCACCAACUAUGGGGAAUUAUAAUCAUCAUCAUACUCAUACUAAUAAUAAUAAUAAUAACAAUGCAACAAAUGCUGCAGGUUCAUCUCAUUCUUCUCAUGGUGGUGGGAUUGGAAAUGCUGAAGCCAAUGGUCAUCAUCACCAUCAUCAAUAUAAAUGAUCUUAUUAUCUACAACAACAAUUAAGAGACUUAUUAGCUUAACUAUCACUACUUUGAUUGAUUGUCAUGUGAAAAUCAAAGGAGAACCAAUAGUUAGAAUACCAAUCCUAACUAUGUAGUACUCAAAUUAAUAUCUUCAUUUGCUUUUCUUUUAAUUUGGACCUUCUUUGUUCUUUAUGA